AUAACAUGCAGCAGAGGUCUCUGUGCAUGUGCAGUGUGAAAUACAAUCCUUCCUCCUGCUGUUGGAGCUGUUGGCUGUUCUUCAGCUGAACACGUCCAGCCAUCAGGAGCAGUGUUACAGUAUCUGUCUGCCUGAGUGUGCAACAUCCAUGUUUCUCUACAUGCUAAUCCUCAUGGCGUAUCAUAGCAGCAGAUGGCUACCGAGGAGUCAGAGGUUAAAAUUUCAGAUAGUGAAUGCAGUGUUUGCGGCACUUGUCCUGGUUCCUCAGUUCUACAUCCUGGGAAGGCCCAAAUCCUCCAGAUACUGCAGACAGCCUCUUCUGAACAACCUGUCAGCCUCCAUCGCCUUGUCCUUCAUAGCUACAGGUUUUGCAGUGAUAUUCACAUUAAUAGACCCGGUUCCUCAGAGCUUGUGGGCUGCCUAUCAUCUGUUUGGGCUGCUGACGUGUGGACAAGGACUAUGCACCGUCAUCCUGACGCUGACAGCAGCAGCAUGUGCCAAAACCACCCCUGAGCUGUACUACAUGUCCCUUAUUCUAACAGUCGCAGCUAUUGUCAGCACAGGUUAUUUCAUGGUGAGAGGAGGACUCUGGUUGGCUAAGAAGAAGCCCGUGACCGACCCGAGCAGAAACAAUGAGCAGUAAAGCGGUCCAGCUGUCCCACACUGACAUGCGAUACUUUACAUAUUAAGAUUUCAUGUGGUUUCCAUGCCGACAGCAGCUGGUAACUUUAAACCAUGGGAAACAGAAAAAAAAGAGAAAGCGACUUAAUCCCUCUCACGUUUUAAAGCUCACUUCAGAGAAACAUCACACAGCAGGUGUUUGUCUCGGUUCAGAAUGGUGUUUGCUUUUUAUUUGUUGAUGGAAAUCUGUUUCAUGUAACAAUCAAUCAUGGGACGUUAAUAAAUUCAGUGUUUAAUUAUUAUAACAGUGCUGAAUUUGAUAGUUAUCUCACUAGAAAAGUAAAGCUACAUAAAAUAUGUUGUGGUAGGAAAGCUGAAAAGGAAAUUCAGUUUUUAAUAUUCCCACCUAAUGACCCAAACUUUUAAUGAAACUGGAAAGAAAAUCAAAUAAAUAAUAACCUAAAUUACAUCACAUGGUGCCAGUAUGAUCUAGUGCAUCGAAGUGCUCCUCUUUUUAGUGCAUGGAAAUAUCUUGUAGAUUUAGUGACUGCUCAUCACACACACUUCUUCAGACUCUUUUCAAAAUGUUCUUCACAGACCCAUAUGGUCGUUUGUCUUAUAAGACCAAGACGCAGGACAAAGUCUCCUCUUUUCAGCUCGUCAAGAUGGAUCAAACAAAGGCACAAUAACAUGACUGCUGAAACUCAGUAGCACUUCACUUUAAUUCAAAGACUGUGUAUAAAUCAACCUUGAAAUAAAGCUGCUCUUGUUUGGACACAUACAAAAAGCACCUCAAGAUCACAGGCACUGAAUUUUCUAAAGGAAUAUUUCACCCCAAAAUGACCAUUUAUAUAACAAAUACCUUGAAUUCGUGAAAAAAAUCGUUUUUU